AUGGGCAAGGCAAAGAAGACUAGAAAGUUUGCCGCCGUUAAACGCCUCUUGAACCCCAAUGAUGCUAGAUUAAAAGAGAACCAAUUGAAGCAGAAGAAAAAAGAAGAGGAAGAAAAAGCCAAGGCGGUCCGCCGGAUACCACAGGUCGCAUCGUCUAUGUUCCUUGCGCACAAUACUGAACUUGUGCCACCUUACCGAGUCUUGAUUGAUACGAACUUCAUAAAUUUCAGUCUACAAAAUAAACUUGAACUAGUCAGUGGUAUGAUGGACUGUUUAUUUGCCAAAUGUAUACCUUGUGUCACGGACUGUGUUAUGGCUGAAUUAGAGAAGCUUGGCCACCGGUAUCGUGUAGCACUUCGUGUUGCUCGAGAUCCACGAUUCGAGCGAUUGAAUUGCAGCCACACUGGAACAUACGCAGAUGACUGCUUGGUGCAGCGUGUCACUGCUCACAAGUGCUAUAUUGUCGCUACUUGCGAUAGAGAACUCCGGAGGCGUAUACGACAGAUUCCUGGCGUGCCGCUAAUGUAUAUCGUCAGCAGACGCUAUGCCAUCGAACGGCUUCCUGAUCAAGGCGCCCCUGGUUCAUGA